AUGCAAUCGGUCAGUCGCAUCGUACCAAGAAAACCAGAGCCGAUUGCGUUAAGGUUUUGGUAUUUCAAGGUGAUAUGGGGUGAAUUUGCGGUCACUGUAGAGGGAUAUCGAGCGAAAGAUGAAGGCGAAAGUGAGUUGUUCAAUUGGCGCAGUACACCUGUUAUGAAAAGAAUCACGUCAAGAAAGUUGGUCACAAGAUCAGGAACCACUUACGUACUGCAGGGUACCAUCGACGAGUGCUCACUUCUUGCUCUUGGUUACCCACGACUUCUCUGCAACCAGUUCAGAGACGGUUUCCCUCUGGAUUGGUGUGAAAUUUUACGUCAGUUUCACAGCACCCUCAUGACGAAACGGCUUCCGAGAACAACACAAUGGUUCGAUACGAGUAUUGUUUGUGGACUGAAAAAUUCAUUGGCGCACUCAUCUACAACUUCUGGAGAAGGAAUGCCGAGUGACGUACCUUCUGAAACAACGAUUAAUCGAAAUCGUUUGUCGACGGUAGUACCUCGUCAUGAGUUCCGCGAUGUGAAUGACGCUACUGAACAAAAUGACGCUGAACGACAACCUCAACAAGAAGCUCAUUCGCAGAAAAUGAAUGUUCUUAAAGAUGGACGACAAAACCCGAAAGAGCGAAUGUCACAAACAUCAGUGGAUAAAAACGGCGAAAAUGCGUUAUUCAAAAUGCCUUCCAUUCCAGCAGUCACCAAACGUUUGCCAAUAAUGAAACUCUACAAUUGGACUCUACUGUUCUCUGUGUACGACCAUGGCGUAUCUGAACUGUUCGAUGAUUUCGGACUUGUCAUCGAAGGCUUUAACGAAGAGCAGAAGAGCGAAUGGAAAACGUCGUGCAUUCUAGCAGUGAAUGAGGCUCAUCAUCUACAGACUGCUUCAACAAUUUAUAAACUUGUUGGCCCUAUCAAUACAGUUGCUGCAGCCCAGCAAGGUUAUCCGAAAGAGUUCGUCGCUAAUUUCUUGAAUGGGUUCCCUGAAAAUUGGCACACUAUUAUUUCGGAAUUCUUCAAAAAUUACGUCAAGCCUCAUAUCGAGUUAGAAGAGUGCAGAAUGAGUGCAGCAAGAACGGGACGGGUUGAUCGAAUAAACGAAACCGAUAGUGAUCAAGAUGCGUGGUCGGAUGGCGAUGCAAAUGGUAAUAGCAGUACAGAUCAAAUGGAGGAUUCCGAUUCCACAGCGAUAUUGCCACUAUCGUCAAAAGGCACUCAGAAAGCGGAAGACAAGCCGAGCACAUCAAAUAAAAUCACGAAGAAACUAACACCCGAAAGUGAUACUCGUCAAAGAAGCAAGAAUAAAAAAGAAACGCGUGGUAGAAAGUCAUUGAAGACGAGAUCUUUGGAACCGUUAUCGGAUGAUCGUCGUCCGUCAAAGAAACCAACAAAACGAGUGACACUCGCUGGAGAUCAACUGCGAAGAUCAGGUCGAUUCAUCAAAUAA